AUGGCGCGCUUGGGAUGCUUAUUUCUGGCGUCGCUGGCCUCUCUCGUGAGCCUCACCCCGUCUGUCCAAGCCCAGGGGGACAACCUGGGUCUUGGCAAUGGCUACACAACCCUCAAGACCCAGAACUUCGACCUGCAGCUUGUUCGUGACGCACAAGUCCUGGCCUCUCUGAAGGCAGCCGGCGGGACCUUUGACUUCCUCCCUUUUGGCUAUCUGCCCUUCCGCGCCGGAAACGGCCAGUACCACUGGGGGGACGUGACCUUUCGGUACAGGCCUGUCGGCAGCACGGCCUGGAUCAACGGCGACUCUGCGGCCGCAAGACAGCCGGUGAAGGUUGUCUCGGGCGCUGGAAACGGCACAAACGGGAAGAGACUGGCUGCUUCAAACCUGGCACCAACGCUUCCAACCAACACCACGGCUCUCAACGUCACCCGGGAGUGGCUCGACGUCGACGGUGACCUCGGCCUGUCGUUCACCUUGACCAAUACCGGGACCAGUUCCCUCGAGGUGGGGAGUCUUGGUUUCCCGGCCGAGUUCAACAGCAUCUUCACCAACCGCUCUGCGUCAGAGACCCAGCAGCUCUGCUCGCUGUCUGACCCUUAUAUUGGCCUGCACGGAGGGUACAUCCGCGUCGCGCCGAUCAACGGUAACGGGGCUGCCUUGGUCGUCACGCCACUUGGAGACACACCACUAGAGGCGUACCGCAACCUGGCCGAGAGAUCGUACGCGGCCACAGCAUACGGCAGCCAAGUCUUUGAGGGCUUCUACGAGUGGCAGACGGUGAGCAAGGCGUACGCAGAGAACGAGUGGAAGGGCAGUGUCCCCUGGAACACGCCGACCUCGCGGACCAUUGCGGCCGGCCAGUCCCUGACGUUUGGCCUGAGGUUCUCGCUCGCCAAGGGCGGUAUCAGGGAGAUCGACGAUGCGGUCCAGGCCACCAAGACCCCGUACGUGCGCGGCGUCCCCGGCUUCAUCGUGCCCCAGGACCUCGCGGCGCAGCUCCUUGUGAACCCGGGAUCGGGCGGCAGCGUCUCAAAGGUGGCUGUUGAGCCGGCUGGGGCACUCACCCUGACCCAGACGUCGUCUGGUGUCUACAGCGUGGUGCCCUCGGCCAGCGCCUUCGGCCGCGUGAGGGUCACGAUCACGUACGCGAGCGGGCAGCUCCAGACGGUGCACUACUUCGUCACCAGGUCCGGGCCGGCCACUCUUGCCAAGCUCGGCAAUUUCCUGACGACGGAGCAGUACUAUACCGACACGAGCGACCCAUUUGGCCGGGCACCGUCCAUCAUCAGCUACGACUACAGCAAGAAGGCCAAGGUGCUCCAGGACUCGCGGGUGUGGAUCGCGGGGCUCUCGGACGAGGCGGGCGCCGGCUCAUUCCUGGCGGCGGCGAUGAAGCAGGCGGCGCAGCCCAACGCGCAGGAGAUGGCCAAGCUGGAGGCGUUUGUGGACGGGGUGCUGUUCAAGACGCUCCAGCCCGACGACGGCACGUUCAAGGUGCGCAAGAGUGUCUUCUACUACGGCCUUGCCGGCUACACAUACUCGACAGACUUCAACUGGGGCAGCUGGACGUCGUGGAACAAGCAGAGCGCCUAUGCCACCGACCGAGCAUACGACUACGUGCACGUGGCGGCCACGUACUGGGCCAUGUACCGCGCGGGAAGGGCGUACCCUGGCACCCUGACCAAGCACCCGUGGGACUGGUACCUCAACCAGAGCUACAGCACUGUCAUGUCCGUCAUGGCCCAGGACGCGGGCGGCAACUGGCUGGUGGGGUACUCCACGGUCGGGCUGAUGGGGGAGACGGUGUUUGGCGAGCUCCUCCGGGACCUGAAGCGCGAGGGCUUCACCUCCAAGGCCAACGACAUCGAGGCCAAGAUGCGCCAGCGGGCCGUGCUGUGGAACUCGCAGGAGGACCCCUUCGGGUCUGAGAUGGCCUGGGACAGCACCGGCCAGGAGGGGGUCUACUACUGGUCCAAGUAUUUCGGCUACACGGCCACGGCACAAAAGACGCUGGGGACCGUGCUGGGCUUCCAACCGACAGUUGCCCACUGGGGCUGGAACGGAAACGCGAGGCGCUACUGGGACAACAUCUACGGCGGCAAGCUCCAGCGCAUCGAGCGACAGAUCCACCACUACGGCUCGGGCCUGAACGCCCUCGUCGCGCUGUCGGCCUUCCGCAGCAACCCCAACGACACGUACCUCCUCCGCAUCGGCUACGGCGGCAUGAACGGCCCGCUGUCCAACAUCAACAGCGACGGGUUCGCCGCCGCCUCCUUCCACUCCUUCCCAGACACGCUGGCCUGGGACGGGUACAGCGGCGACUACGGCCCCAACUUCGUGGGCCUGACCCUGGGCACCGGGUCGUACCUGGUCGAGGACGAGGACCUGGGCCUGACAGCCUACGGGGGCAGCGUCGGGGGCACGGCCGGCGCCGUCACGGUGACGCCCAAGGACGCGGCGCGGCGCAGGGCCUUUGUCGGUCCGCUCGGGAUCCUGUUGGAGAUCGACGCCGGCGUCAUCAACGAGUUUACGUACACGGCCGCCGACAGGUCUGUUUCCGUGACUGUGGGCCAGCUGGACGGCACCCCGACGGCCAACGCCACCAACAUAUGGGUCAGCAAGGAGUCUGGGGAGGCGGGCUACAAGGUCACUGGCCCAGGUGUCACGGCUGCAAGGUUGGGCUGGAUGGUUCCUCUGACUUCUGGCUCUGCCACGGUGAAGGUCGUACCCUCGUAA